AUGAUCGGGGCCCUACUGCUGUUUGCGUUGGUGGCUGGAGCUCUCGGCUGUGGGAUCCCCACUUACCAGCCCCAACUGCCCAGAGUGGUCGGAGGUGAAGACGCGAGGCCCAACAGCUGGCCCUGGCAGAUCUCCCUGCAGUACUACUCCAGCGGCCAGUGGCGUCACACCUGCGGAGGGUCCCUGGUGGCCAAGGACUGGGUCCUAACAGCUGCCCACUGCAUCAGCUCCUCCAGGACCUACCGCGUGCUGCUCGGCAGGCAGAGCCUCUCCACGGAUGAGGAUGGCUCGCUGGCUGUCCAGGUCUCCAAGCUCGUGGUGAAUGAGGACUGGAACCCCAACAAGCUCACCCAAGGGAACGACAUUGCCCUGCUCAAACUGGCCAACCCCGUCUCCCUGAGCGACAAGAUCCAGCUGGGCUGCCUCCCUCCUGCCGGCAGCAUCCUACCCAACAACUACGUCUGCUAUGUCACUGGCUGGGGAAGGCUGCAGACCAACGGGGCUCUUCCUGACAUCCUGCAGCAGGGCCAGCUGCUAGUUGUGGACUAUGCCACAUGUUCCAGCCGUGGCUGGUGGGGCAGCUCCGUGAAGACCAACAUGAUCUGUGCUGGGGGUGAUGGCGUGAUCUCCAGCUGCAACGGAGACUCCGGAGGACCGCUGAACUGCCAGGGGGCUAACGGUCAGUGGGAAGUGCAUGGAGUGGUCAGCUUCGGGUCCUCCCUCGGCUGCAACUACUACCAUAAGCCCUCUGUCUUCACACGGGUCUCCAACUACAUCGACUGGAUCAAUUCGGUGAUUGCAAAUAACUAACCACCAGAAGUCCCCGGGACUGUUUCAUACUUGGAAAAGUCGCAGAAGGCAAAUAAUAAAGUGACAACUACAUGAA